CUCCGUGACUUUGCUGAAGUGCAGAUCACACGGAUUCUGUGUGCUCCAUAGACAGUUUUUUUCCUUUGAGACUCUACCACCCAAAUUGCACACAACUCACACCAACCAUCUGCUACGAAAGAUUUCCGUGAGGACUCUGAGUGUUGUGAAAAGGUGCAAGAAGUUGCGGGUGGGCUAGGAAUCUGGACAGAGAAGAUAAUUCCACAUCCCUCGAGGUGUCAAGUUGACAGAUCUGCAGAUGAACUUUUCCGGACCUAUUUUCACCACAAUACAGCGGGAAAUCUCCUGUAAACUCUGAUUGGGGCCACGCACGGGGAAGUGAAGAGCAUCCUCGAUAGUCUUUUGGGGGAUCCCAACACAAAGGAGAGGCCAUUCGAAGCGCCCCAGACUCCGACGAAGAAGAAGAAGAAGACAGUUCUGUGCAGGGCAGAAAGAGAAAGACACACGCCAGAAGAAAAGAGGCUGCGACAAGUGCGACAGAGUGUCCGGAAAGCUUGAUGUCUCGACCGAUCGCCUGAUCGCACAGGAGACUCUCUCAUCCCAGCAUUUGAGCCAGGGCAGAUCGAGCAGCCAGCAAGAUAUCGCAGCAAAGUAAGAAACGAAGAAUCGACACAAUGAGCACUGAUAACAACAAUACGCAGCAGAGUACGCAGAGCAUAGCUGAUUACUUGGCGCAGCUGCUCAAAGACAGAAAGCAAUUGGCCGCCUUCCCGAAUGUCUUCAACCAUGUGGAGCGCCUGCUGGACGAAGAAAUUGCUAAAGUCAGAGCGUCACUGUUUCAAAUCAACGGCGUGAAGAAGGAACCUUUAGAACUUCCUGAAGCCGAUGGACCACCAUUGACACUGAAUGAGAAAGUGUAUGUGCCAGUCAAAGAGCAUCCAGAUUUCAACUUUGUGGGACGAAUCCUGGGACCACGUGGCAUGACGGCGAAACAGCUGGAACAGGAGACGGGAUGCAAAAUUAUGGUCAGAGGAAAGGGCUCCAUGAGGGACAAGAAGAAGGAGGAUGCAAACCGUGGAAAACCGAAUUGGGAGCAUCUCUCCGAUGACUUGCACGUCUUGAUUACCGUGGAGGAUUCGGAAAAUCGUGCCAAAAUUAAAUUGCAACGAGCAGUUGAGGAAGUGGAAAAACUCUUAGUGCCACAAGCCGAAGGCGAGGAUGAACUCAAGAAGCGUCAACUGAUGGAACUGGCCAUCAUCAAUGGCACAUACCGGGAUUCCAGCGCCAAGACAACAGUUGCAGCGGCUGAAGAAGAGUGGCGUCGUCUGGCCGCCAGUGCCGCCGAGACGCGUCUUCUCUCACCAGCCAUGCCAGGAUUGACGGCCCAGCAACUGCGUACGCCGGCCACACCAUUGGGAGCCCCGCUGAUCCUCUCGCCGAGGAUGUCAGUGCCCACAACGGCCGCCAGCAUUCUGUCCGGCUCGGCUCCGCCGACCAUUGAUCAUCCGGGAUUGAUCUACGCCACACCGUAUGGUGAUUACACCAACUACGCCCUGGCGGCCGGGAAUCCUCUGCUCACGGAAUACGCCGAUCAUAGCGUUGGUCGUUUUUUGCAUGCUGGCUCCGUGUUUUAAAAAUGACAUAAAAAUUAUGAAAAAAAGUGUUAAAGAAAUAGAACACACAAACAUAUAUUCUGUGCUAUAUAAUCUCUUGAAAAAAUAUCCAUCAACACACAUCCAAAAAUAUUUUUUUUACAAGACAAAAAAGUAAUAUAAUGUGUCUAGAGAGUAUCGAUCACUUCCUUAUGACUUACACGAUUUAUUUGCCUUGUUACAAUUUUUUUUUAAAUAUUUUUCACACAUUAUUUUACUCUUUCUAUACUUAUUAAUUUUAUACUUUUUACAUGUAGAAACACCCCGUGUUUAUCUCCCUAGUAAAUACUCAUUUUUUUAUUUUUGCGUCAGUAAUAAUUUCUGUAAUUAAAAAUGUCUUUUUGCAACUGAUAUGUGUGUGUGUUUGUGAGUUGAGGAAGACAGAGCAAGAUUGUUAGGAACGUCAGAAAUUGUAUCAAGCAAUGAACAGAUGAAGAAACAAAGAAACUUACUUUGGUAAGAGGUUGAAGUUAUGAAAAAAAAACAGAAAUGCCAUAAAAGCCAUAUAUUUAAAAAGUUAAAAUGUUUACAAAAAUAUAUAGAAUUGAGGAAAACUUAGAAUGUGUAUAAAAUAGGGUUAGUUUUGAGGAAGAAAGAAGAAAAUUAAUGAAAAGCAAAAAAAAAAUCCUAAGUUAAAUGAUUUUAUAUAGUACACGUCUAUUUAAUAGGAACUGUGUAAAUAUUUUAGGACUUCUAGGUUAGUUGAAAAAUGAAGAAAAACUAUUGAGUUUAAAGUUAGUCAGGAAUGGUCGUAAAAUCAUCCUCACUAGAGGAUGUUUUAUACAGUGUGAAAGAGAAGAUUUAAAGUCAAUGAGCCAUUCAAUUUCGAUUAUACAUAUAUUUACGUAUUUUUACGAUUAGUUUUGUAAUUUUCAUAGGUGAAGGUUGAAAAUUUUUAUUCUCCCCUUUCAUAUAUAUAUUUCCUCUUUAUGGGAAAGAAACUGAAGAAAUAUGGCAAAGUGUCAACAAGCUCUCUCGAAUUUGUCAUAAACGCAAAAACACACUUCUAUACAUUUAUUUCAGUUUCUCUCCUUUCCUUCACACCUCCCAAUAUUAUCGUUUUAAUGGAAUCACUUUCACUUUGAUCAAUCAGAUUUUUUUUGGUGCUAUAUAUUUUGCAAAUCUCUUUUUUCGACUUUAUACUCUAUUUUUUGUGUGAAUAGAAGUUUAAAACUGAAAGGAUUAUUUAAUAGUCCGUCCAAAUACUAGUCAAUGACGUUUUUUUUGUAUUUUCAAACAUGUGUUUUUUAUUGUAUUUUAUUUCUCAAUCAUCUUUCAUUUAUUCAGCUACUUUGCAAUGCGUUUUUUUUUUGUAUCCACUAUGAUAUUCAAUAUUUAGUUGGGAAACUUGCCAUUUUUGGUCUAAAUUCGCGUUCAGAGGUAUGAAGCAAGAAACAGUAUUUAAGAAAGCAGUUAAUAUUUAGCAAAUUGUUCAUAAAAUGCCAUAAAUUGAGGAUGAACAAGUGUUUGGCGGUUCAUCUGCAAAGGUUUUUGUGACAAGGGACCAAUAAUAAUGAUAAAGAAACAAAUAUUUUUUUACGAAAACACCUUCACCACAAUUUAAAGAAAGCAUUAUUAGAAAGAGAGAAGAAGAAACGCGAUUUACCAACAAUGGAACUCCUCACAAAGUAAAACAAAACAGAAUGAAGAAUCGUCCUUUAGGAGAGUUUUUACAUGAUAUAUUUUCAAUUUCUCCCAUUAUAUGAUUUGUUUAUUAUUUUUUUUGUAGAUGUCUGAAGAAUUUGAGAUACUUAGAUUUUCUUGAGAAUGUAUGAAAUAUCUUUUUUUUUUAAUGCAAAAAUUCACACCCAAUGUGGUCUUCCUCUUUUUUCUUGUAGUAGGCGGCCUUAAGCAGCCAAGGAGGCAUUUUCCGCCACGUGAGCAUCCCUAUCAAAGAGCUGGGGCACUUUCUUAGAGACAAUCCGCAUGGAUUCUCUCUCAAAAUUAUGCAAAAAAAAGAAUAUUGCGCGCGAUCAAUGACUCAUGAGAUGUUUCAUAAUAGAAAAUUGCCCCAUUCUCUCUGUAAAAGGUUAGUUCACUUCUUUUACUUACUAUAUUUACCAUAUUUCUCUUUAUUUUAUUUAGGAUUUUUAUUUUAUCAUUCAAAUGAGUUUAAUUUGUUGUAUAUAGAAGAGUUAGUUGUAAAAUUACAAUUUUUUUUAUUUUGAUAAACACUGAAGUAGAUGUAAAGCGAAUGCAUAUUUUAGUCUCUUCUGAAGUAUAUGAAAGGAAAAGCACUUGGAAAGUCGUCAAGAUUGGCGGCGAUAUAAAACAAAAUUCAAAUGAUGAGAGUGAGAUUUUUCCUUUCUAAAGUGAGUGACAAAGUGCACUUUUGGGUGUUUGGGAGAAAACGUACGCGUUGUUUUUUCCCUUUGCAAGACAUCAAUUUAUAUUAUUUUCUUUUGUGGAGGAAAAUGUGGUGCUUUUUUCUUAAGUUAAUACAUAUACAUCUAUUUUGGAGCAUCACUUUUUCUGUCCGUCUUGAUGGCCAUAAAAAUUCCUGCCACAGAAAACAAGUCAAAACUCAUGGAUCUCGUUUUUUCUCACACCACAAUCUAUCGCAGCACAAACACAAUAAAUCACAGACACACUUACAAUACUACAAAUGUUACCAUUGAGGGUGUCCUUGUGGAAUCCUCGCAUCCAGUUGAUGGAACACAUGAAAAAUUCCCCUCUCACCAUUUGAAAACGUAGAGUAGAAAUUGUGAAAAACACAAUCACAAGAUCAAGUGAAAAAAAAUACAGAAAUUAUCUUAUAUAUUUUUUUUCUUCUCAUAUCUUAAGUAAAAGAGCAAAAGUGCGAUUUUUUUUAAGAGUAUUAAAUAUUAGCGAUUUUUUUGCAACAAAAGAUCGAUUGUAAGAAGAAGAAAAAAGAAGAUCUUAGCGUCAUUUGCAUUUUUUAGCACUCUUGUCGAAUUUUGUUGGCUCACAGACUUUGUUGUUUCUGGAGUCGCGAAGAAAAAUAUGAUGAUACUUAAGAAUAUUGAUGGAAAAUGCAAAUGAUCGAGAGACGCGAACAAAUAAGAAUAUUUAGAGAAAUGAAAGCAAAAAAGUACUAUUGUCGUUGACUUGUGCCUUUGUGGAAGAUGAAAUAUUUUAUAUUAAAAAUAUAUUUAUACUAUUAUGUAUAAUUUGUAUACUACUGUAGAGAGAAAAAGAAGAAAGAGAGAGAGAGA